AUGGUAGAGGAAGCAUCCAUUUCUGAUUUCAACAAAUCCUACUUCUUUCUGAACAAUUCUGCCUGCACUGCCGAGUUGUGCGCUAAUGGCUCGGAGCCACCCACUCCCCCAUAUUUGGUGGACGCCUGGCUGGUCCCACUCUUCUUUGCCAUUCUGAUGUUAGUUGGGCUAUUGGGCAACUCUCUGGUAAUCUACGUCAUCAUCAGACACAAGCCAAUGAGGACAGUGACCAACUACUACAUUGCCAACCUGGCUACCACCGACAUCAUUUUCCUGGUUUGUUGCGUUCCCUUCACUGCAAUGCUGUAUCCACUUCCGGGCUGGAUCUUUGGAGAAUUCCUAUGUAAAUUUGUCAACUACAUCCAACAGGUCUCAGUGCAAGCGACCUGUGUCACCCUGACGGCCAUGAGUGUGGACCGGUGGUAUGUGACUGUCUUUCCACUUCAGUCCCUGCGACGGCGCACACCACGAGUUGCCGUAACUGUCAUCAUCAGCAUUUGGCUUGGUUCCUUCCUUGUCUCCAUCCCGGUGUUGAUUUACAAUCAGCUGAUAGAAGGCUAUUGGUUCGGUCCGCAAACAUUCUGCAGAGAGUCCUUCCCUUCCGUGUACCACGAGAGAGCCUUUAUCCUCUACAACUUUUUAGCAGUUUACCUCCUCCCUUUAUUGACCAUCCUCCUCUGCUAUAGUGCUAUGCUUUACCAGAUGGGACGCCCCACCGUGGCGCCAGCGGAUAACCAUUACCAGGUACAGCAGCUGACAGAAUUCUCUGAAGCUUUGCGAGCCAAGAUCUCUCGUAUGGUGGCCAUCAUCAUUGCUCUCUUCACCAUCUGCUGGGGUCCGGUGCAGCUUCUGAUCCUCUUUCAAGCCUUUGACUCCAGCUUUCAGCACAAUUACUAUACUUACAAGGUGAAGAUUUUUGCUCACUGCAUGUCCUAUGCCAAUUCUUCCCUCAACCCUAUUGUCUACGCCUUCAUGGGCAGUAACUUUCAGAAGGCCUUCAAGAAAGUUUUCCCACUGGCCUUCAAGAAGAGGGUGGGUCAUUGCAACAUCACUGGCCAGGCCCACAAUAUUGAGAUGCACUUUGUCUCAUCAGGGAUGUAG